CCGCGCUCUCCAUUUUGACUUCCUGACCUUGGGUUUGCGUUCUGCUGUCUGCAGUGUACUCAGUGCAGUCAUGUCUGUGCUGACGCCGCUGCUGCUGAGGGGCCUGACUGGCCCGGCCCGGCGGCUGCUGGUGCCGCGUGCCCAGCUCCAUUCCAAGCCGCCGCGGGAGCAGCUCGGAACCAUGGAUAUCGCCAUUGGGCUCACCUCCUGCUUCCUGUGUAUCCUCCUUCCGUCCGGCUGGGUCCUGUCUCACCUGGAGAGCUACAAGAAGCGGGAGUGAAGGGGGACCGUCCUCUCUCUUCACCCUGUGACCUGACCACCCCUGGCCUGUCCUGAUCAUGUCUGCUGCAUUCCUGGCCAGCCUCCCCUGGACCACGUCCUUCAAUUACUGUGACCUCUCGAUUUCUCCAUUGCGACAUCAUGGGACCACAUAUAUUGAUUUAUAAGGCCCUGCUCGGUAGGGCCCCUGUUGUAACAAUAAAGUCUAUUUAAAUCUUG